AUUUAACCAGAGACAUUAUCUGUGAACAUCUAGUGAAUACUCAAUCAGUAUACCUGGUAGAAGGGAAUACUGCCACGAAGCUAUGUAGAGAACUAGACCAAGAAGUUGCCUUUUGGAAGUCUCAGCUAUUCGCUACAUCCACAAAAGUGACUUACAGAACACACCUUAAUUCAUACAUUAAAUUCUGCAAUGCCAUUAACUGUGCACCACUCCCGGUGUCGAGUAAGAACGUGUGCCGCUAUGCUGCCUUUCUGGCACGCUCUUGUGCUGUCUCGACAGUCCGUCAAUACCUAAACAUCAGGAUACUGCACAUGGAGUUUGGCCUAGGCAAUCCUCUUACAUCUUGGGAGCUUAAGACCAUCCUAGGGGGAAUAAGACGACACAAGGGAGAUCAAGGGAACCAAAAACUGCCGCUACUUCCAGAGCACCUUUAUAAACUCCAUGGCACAUUCAACCUCAGCAACUUGCAGGACCUACAACAAUGGGCCGCUUGCCUUUGUGCUUUCUUUGGACUUCUUCGAGUAAGCAACGUGACAGUGAAAUCCCAGUCUGAACCAGGACAUUCUUUGUGUCGGAAAGAUUUUUCUGUGAUGGGGGAAGGGGGCAUACUUAGGAUAGCCAAGUCAAAGACAAAUCAGUAUGGACACCCGCCACAUACAGUUGUGCUGCCUUACAUAGCAGGUUCUGCCCUCUGUCCCAUCACAACAUUGUUAAAAUUCCUGGGUGCCCAGCUUGCAGCUCCUGACACACCCCUCUUCUCCUACACAGAUGAGAAAGGAAAUUUAUCUGUGCUUACGCAAUCUAUGUUUCGUCGUCGCCUCAUCCAGGCUUUGAAAGAUAUUGGACUCUCCUCAGCCACCUACAACACCCACAGCCUUCACAGAGGGGGAGCAACUUGGCUGAUGUCCGUAGGUACACCCCUUGCCAUGGUCAAAGCCAUGGGGGAUUGGAAGAGCGACGCCGUCUACGAAUAUAUCAAACCGUCUACAGUUAUGAAGCUAGAUGUUGUUACAUCAGCAGUGCAGAAACUAUAAGGGUUUGUGAGUCCACACACAACUUUUAUGUCGCCAGAUGCAUGCUCAAGUGUGGACAUGAACUGUGUCACGUGCAAUUUAAUUAAGUGCAAAUGCAGUGAUUGGGAUUGCUCCACUGUGCAAUGAACUGAAAUGCUUAUUUUAACUAGACUUUCAUCACAAUAAUCCCUACUUUGGGUUGGGACUUUUCAUGAUCUGUUGCAGAAAUGGUUUAAUUUA